UAAAAUCAUAUGUUCGUAAUAAGGCUACACCAGAAGGUUGUAUAGCUGAAGGAUACAUUAUGGAAGAAUGCCUCACAUUUUGUUCAAGAUAUUUUGAAGAUGGCGAUAUUGAAACGAGGUUCAACCGACCAAGACGCAAUGAUGAUGAUAAUGGGCUUAAUAAUAGUAGUGAUUCUACUAUCUUGUCAAAUUUAUUUCCAGCAUUAGGUAAGCCUAUUGGAGCCAUCAAGAUUGUUUCACUCUCGCACUUGGAUAAGAUACAAGCUCAUCGUUACGUGUUAACUAAUUGUGAAUUAGUAGACAAAUUUCGUGAGUAAGUUCUAUGUUUUUACAUGUCUUAAUUUUAUAUAAACCUGUUCAACAUCUUUCUUAAUAAAUACAAACUUGAUUAUAUAGGAAAUGCAGAAUUGAGGUCUCUAGGAUGCACCGCGGCAAGAGAAAUUCGUCAAAAAUUGUGGAAGAAUAUGUUCACAAACAUUUUCAUGAGUGGUUUCAAGAAUAUGUUGCAAGAAAGGUUGAUCCAGAUAUUUCCGAUGAAAUUAGUUGGCUUGCAAACGGACCAAAUGAUAUUGCAAGGAGAUUUAAUGGGUAUAACAUUCGUGGAUUUAAGUUUCGUACCCAAAGGAAGGAGCAAGGUUUUAGAACUCAAAACAGUGGUGUUGUUAUGUCAGCUUUUACCAAGAGUUUUUCAACUACAGGGGAGCCUAUUGAAAAAUCAAGUGAUGACAUGUACUAUGGGAAAUUGGUUGACAUCAUAGAACUUGAUUACUAUGGUAAUCUAAGGGUUGUGCUCUUCAAAUGUGUUUGGGUAGAUACUAGACCUAACAAAGGAAUCAAGAUAGAUCAAUUUGGAAUACAUAGUGUGAAUUUUUCUCGCUUGAUACACACUGGCGUGAAUGAAAUAGAUGAACCAUUCAUCCUUGCUACUGAUGCUAGAAUGGUGUAUUAUGUUGAUGAUCCAUUUGAAGAAGGUUGGUCUUGUGUAUGUCAUAUGAAGCCUAGAGACAUAUAUGAUAUGGGAGACGUUAAUUCAACGGACUCUGAAGAGAUGAUAAUGGAAGAUAUACCUUUUUGUGAGCAAAAUGUGGAGAACAUAGAAGAACUACCAUUAGUUCAAGAAGAUGACAAUGAACAAGAACCAAACUUCAAUGAGGAAGAACAAGUACCCGAUGAACAAAAUAUUGAUGAAGAUCAUGAUGGUUGCAGUGAUGAAAAUGAUAAUAUGGUGUUAGAGUAG